AUGAAAAUAUUUUUGAAUUUUUUAGAAAAAUUACAUAAAAAAUAUAUACAAGAAAGUAGUAAAGGAAAAGCAAUAGCAUUAGAAUUGCCUCAAAAAAGUGAGGAUUUGACACAAAAGGGUAAAGGGAUAUUAAUAUUAGAUGAAGUUGGAAAGAAAGAGAAAAAGAGGGAGGAGAUUUUUGGUGAAGAGAAGGAUGAAAAGAAGAAGGUUGAAGAGGAUGAAAAAAAGGAAGUAAAAAGUGGUGAAGUGGAAGAGGAUAAGGGUGAAGGAAGAAAGGAUGAUAAGGAAGUUGAAGAUAUAAAAGGGAAAGGGAAGGAAAUAGAGGAAGGAAGAGAAGAAAAAUAUGUAGAGGAGGAUGUUGAUUCUGACGAUGAUGACGACGAUUCUGAUGAUGAAGAUGAUGAAAAUUGUGAUGAGUUUGCAUCCGAAAUAUGCAGAAAUGGAAUAUAUGAUACUGUUGAUUAUUGGGAAAAGUUGUUAGAAUAUUUUAGAGAAAAAAUUGAGAAAAUAGUAAAUUUACGUCGUGAAACUGAUAAAAUUUAUUUACCAAAAAGUAAAUCACGUUUCUCUAAAGGUUAA